UCUCUCACUGGCGGCGGGGAACGCACCCCCCGCAAUGGCCGCCUCGCCGCCGCAUGUGCGCUCCGACUGCGGGGAGGCCCCCGUUUCCCUUUUCAUCGACACCGACCUCGGCACCCGCUUCGCCCUGCUCGUCGCCGCCGACUCCACCGUGCGCGACCUCAAGUCGAUGGUGGCCGCGGAGCACGCCGUCACCUUCCCCGACAUCGGCACCGUCGCCGUGAAGUCCUUCCAGGUGCGACGGAAGGGUGCACUGUAUCACCUCUCUGAUUUGAUGACAAUAAGGAGUGCCUUCGCCAAAAUCAAGACUGGAUGCUUUCUUCAUGUUAAUAUGACAGUGGCAGUGACAGACACUCUCUGCACUUCUUCAAUGGAAGAUGGAAAAAGAUCCAAUGAAGGUUUUCCUGGAGUUGAAGUUGAUUUUGACAAGGAUGUUCAUAAGAUACCUGCGUCAAUAUCAAAAAAUGCAAAUGGUCUGCCUGGGCUGGAAGAUUCUAGCAUUGCUGGAAUGGAAAAGAAAAGGAAAAGGCGUCAACCAGAGGUUAGUAGGGAAGUUGUUUCUACUCAAGAAAUGACAAAGCCAUCAACUGGAGCAAUGGAGGUACCAGGAACCAUUGGUCAAGUCCUACUUCAUAAAAGCAACCAAGAGCUGCAAGGUGAUGAUCCAUGUAAAGUUGAAUUGACUAGCAGAAACAAUAGUGGAGGCCAGGGGACUAAACAUAUUCAGUUGAUGAGUGAUGCGCAGGAAACUACUGAUCAAGGGAUUGGUGAUCCUGUUCAUAACGAAUAUAAAGAUCUGACCACUGGAGAUAUGGUUUAUUCUUCUGAAGUUGUAGCUGGUGCAGAAAAAUCUACACAAGGGAGAUGUGAUGAAGGUGUUGUUGAAACAAGUAAAAUGCAGAAAGCCAACACAAGCAAAAGUAUCUUGGAGAACAUACAGUCAGCUGGCCUUAUUUCUCAACGCAAGAAGCGGAGGAAAGCAAAGAACCCUGUUGACAUGGUUUCUCUGGAUAUUGCUGAUCAGUGUGGGACUAAACAUGUUCAGCUGAUGAGUGAUGCUCAGGCAACUCCUGAUGUUGUUGCUGAUCAAGAGAUUGAUGAUCUUGUACACAAGAAAUAUAAAGAUCCAAACAUUGGAGAUAUGGUCAAUUCUUCAGUAAUUGUAGCCAGUGCAGAAAAAUCUACAAAAGGAAGACAUGAUGAAGGUGUUGUUGAAACAAGUAAAAUGGAGAAAGUCAUCACAAGCAAAAGCAUAGAGAAGAAGCGGAAGAAAGGAAAGAAGGUUAGUUCUGUUGGCGUGGAGUCUCUGGAUAUUGCUGGAGAAAAAGAUCAGUAUGGUACUAAACAUGUUCAGUUGGUCAGUGAUGCCCAAGUAACUACUGAUCCGGUUGCUGAUCAAGGGAUUGAUGAUCUUGUACAUAAGGAAUAUAAAGAUCCAGCCAUGGGAGAUAUGGUUAGUUCUUCUGAAGCGUUUGCUGGUGCAGGAGAAUGUACAAAACCAAGACGUGAUGAAAGUGGUGUUGAAACAAGUACGUUCGAGAAACCCAGCACAAGCAAAAUCAUCUUGGAGAAGACGCAGUCAGCAGGCCAUACUUCUCAACAGAAGAAGCACAAGAAAGCAAAGAAGGUUAGUUCUAUUGACAUAGGGUCCCUGGAGGUUGCUGGAGAAAAAGAUGAGUGUAGCCGGUAUGGAGAGAAUUUAGUCAAAUCAGGUAAGUUUGCUACUCAAGGCAAGAUUGUCAAUGACCCUCUUGAUCAACAGAUCUUAAGCAAUGUGCAAUCAGAGGAUCCUAAUAUAAUAGAAAAUCCAUGUGGUGAUGGGAGGCAAAAGAAGAAGAAGAAGAAGACAAAACAUCAGUCAGAGUCUUCAAAGGGUGCUGAUCUUACUCAUGAUGUGACAAAAUCAUCUGGAUUAAUUACAAAUGAAAUCUCAAUACAUGCUUCUCCCUUAGAUCCAAAGCAAAUAAUGCCAGCCACAACAGGACAAGGAACAGUUAGUCACAAAAAGAAGUCUGAUGUAAGCCUGGAUGUAGCAGCAGCAAAAGCGAUUGAUGAGGUACUGGCAGAUUUAAGAUCCACUGAUAACAUAACUGAGGAUUUGGAUGAACAUCAGUUAACAGGACAAGAACACCAAGUCAGCAAUGUACUAGGAGUGCAUGGAAACACUCUGGGUAAAGGUGGACUUAGUGCAGUGUUACCUCCGAAAUAUCCAGCGGUGAUUCAGUCUGAUGCUUCUGCCAGCUCACCUAGUCAUAAUAAGGACAAAGGAAACCAAUUGAAAGUACUGCCAACAGUACAUGAAUCAUCUCAUUUUUCAGGUGUACCUGAAGAAAGUGCAAAUGCAGAACUAAGAAAAUCUGUUUCUUUGAGGCCUUCUGACAACACAAGUGAUUAUAAUAACAUUUCAACUGAAAAUGUUGUAUUGCAAGAUGAUGACAAAAAUAAAACCACUAAACGUCUGAGAAAGAAGAUUUCCUUGAAGCACGUCCCUACAGAUAAUGGUAAAACUAUUCAGUCUUUGGAUGAGCAAGUUAACCAGGUUGCUACAGAGAAUUUAAACAGAGAAAAUGCUUCCAAAGCAGAUUUGGUUAGAGGAGGUUCUGUAACUGAUGGCCCUGCAUUUACUGUUGAAAAAAUACAGAAGAAAAGCAAGUCUUCCAAGAUUCAUACGCCUAAAGUCCAGCAGGGUAAUCAUUCUACACAUUUCGAAGAUAGCAAAUCCACUAAGGACAGCCAGGGCAAAUGCAUAAGUUAUAUCGGUGAGAGUGAAACCCAUAAUAAGGAAACUGCAGAAGGAACUCCAACACAAUCACCUGCAGUUCAGGAAGAUGCCACAGCUCUCAGAGCUUCUACCCCUAAUACUCGAAAGGGAAGAAAGAAAUCUUCCAAGACUGAACUUCAGAGUCAGAGUUCUGCUUUGGAGCAUGGUUCUGAUGUAGAUUUGAUGAACUUCAAGGCUGAAUGUGUUACAGUCAGUCCUGAAAAGUCUGUUGUUGCUGUUGAACCAAAUGGAAAAAUCAACUUCCUUGACCAUUUUAGCCCCAGUGGUGCUGAUGACCCAUAUGUUUCUGCAGAAAGCAAAGAAAACAACAAAGAGGAAACAGUAAGAGAAGUUGAGGAUGAAAGUAACAAAAGAAAACCGGAUAUGCAGUCUCAGAUCGUUGGUAGUGCUAAACUAAAUGAUCUGCUAGAGUCUCAUCUUCAUAUAGAAAAAACUAAACCAACCAAUUAUUUUCCUGGUGAUGUGGGUGUGCCAUCUGAUUCAACAGAAAAUAUGGACAUAACAAAUGGAAAUGGGAAGAAAGGCAAGGAGAAGAAGCGGAAGAGGAAAUCGGAUUUACUCAAGUCUGUUCCACAGAAGGUAGAUCCAAACAGUGAUCAUAAAGACAUCAACAGUGGUGUGCAUGAUUUGCCAUUUUCUGUUGCACAGGAAGGAGGAAUGGAGCAUGACAGUAAAGAGAAUAACAAUGAUGUAAUUUGGAACAGUAGUAUCCUGACACGGGACCCAAAAGAUACCACAUUUGAUAGCAGUCUUGUAAAGAAGCUUAACCAAAGCAAUGUUGGUUCUGAUAAUCAGGGUCAUGAGUGUAUGGACAAAGAACAAAGAAAGUACAGGUCUCAGACAAAGCCUCAUACUGAGAGUAAAAAUGCAGAUGGAUUAAUCAAUGGAAGGGCAGAUCCAAAUUCCAAGUCUAUAAAAAAUCUUGUUAAGAGCUUUUCCAUGAGCCCACCAGCAUCGAGUGACAGCACACAGGGCACACCGUCAACUGGUCGCUUUCGACUAGCAGUCCGGAAAGUUCCAAGAAAAAGGUAUGAACAAACCAAUGGCAAAUCCAAAAAAUACAAAGGCACUGCUACAAUUUUCAAUGCGGCCAGCAGUGAUGGCUCUGAUGAUGAAUUGCGCACUGUGAGUGCAAAGGCUGCCAUUGAAACUUCAGAUGAUUCAUCCACAUCCGCUGACUCAGGUAUUUCAUCUGCAGCUCAUGAUGAAAGUGGUGAACCUGAUGACGAUGGCAAUGCAUCACUGUCACAGAAAUCUCUAAAAGGGAAGCUAGAUAUUGGCUCCAUCCUCAGAGGCUCUUCUAGUUACAAGGCGGCUAAGCAGAAACAAGCAGAGCAAUUGGAUGACACCGAGGUGCCUGAUAGCCAGCCAGUGGACAUUUUUUGAGACAAUCUGAUACUUAAAUGAAGAAGCACAGACGCCAGCUUCAGUUUUCCGCUAUUUCCAUCCAACCUGAUAUGACAAUGAAUUGUAUGCAUGCCCUGGGUUUUGAGCAUUAUCGCAUAUUACUAGUAGCUCAACCAGCCUUGGUAUCAUGGAGGGGAAAGCAAAAUGCCCUAGGCCAACGUUAUGACUAGGCGGAUCUGCUUGUCGAUUCUCAUGUUACCACACAAUUUUGUUGGUUCUUGAAACUUUAAAAGUGUUUUGCCUGAUACUACCGUGGCUAUUUAUGAUAGUAGCGCAAUGCGCAACUGCUCAGGCUUUGUGUUCUAGUAAUACUAAUUACAACUCCCAGUUACCUAC